AAAACCACUGAAUCUGUCUGCUUUACUGGAAACUUGAAAGCAUUAAGAGACCAGCCAUGGCUUCUUCUUCUAUCUCAUUCUCAAGCGCACCUUCACUCUUAUCCACCAAACCCAUCAACCAUUCUUCUUCUUCCCCGAGGCUGCCCUCCUCUCGAUUUCUCGGAACCCGAAACUUAAAGCUUCGGAUCCGACCCGCAAGACUUGGACCCUCCAACGGGUCAAGAACCACUUGCUGGUUCAAGUUCGGCAAAAACGGCGUCGAUGCCGAAAGUGCCGGAAUAUAUGGCAGUCAAACUCGCGAUGACUUCGACAAAGACGACGUUGAACAGUAUUUCAAUUAUAUGGGGAUGCUUGCGGUAGAAGGUACAUACUCAAAGAUGGAGGCUCUUCUUAACCUAAAGAUACACCCAGUCGACAUACUGUUGAUGUUAGCCGCCACAGAAGGUGACAGACCCAAAAUCGAGGAGCUGCUCAGAGCUGGUGCUGAUUACUCAGUCCAAGAUGCUGAUGGAAGAACCGCUCUCGACAGAGCUAACAGCCAAGAGAUCCGUGACUUGAUCCUUAACUACAGCGCUCAAAAGGCUUGACUCGUUUUGAGAUGUUUCUUGUGCUAGAACAAGCUGUCUUUAUGUGUUCCGCGGAUGAGUAGAUUAUAAAAUCCAUCUUCUUCUUCCUUUUUGUCUUUCUCGCCUGUCUCUUGUUUCUUUCUUGAUGGUUGUUCUUCUAUGGAGUUUGGCGUUAUUGCAGAGGAAUGUCUUUUCA